AUGGUGCGCAUGAGUGUCCUGGCAGAUGCUCUCAAGAGCAUUAAUGAUGCUGAAAAGAGAGAUGCCCCAGUGGCUAACGGUGCUUUAGCGUCAUCCGUCGAGUCGGUGACCUCCAAACCCACAUCAGCGUCUGGGGACGAGGACAGGCCUGAAGCUGCUGAAAGGCACGGCCGGGAGCCCACGGAGGCCUCAAGUGCUCGGCAAACGUCCACGAGCCCCCAGGACCCAGCACGCGACAGACCGGUGCAAGACCCGGGCGUGACUCAGAGCCUUCAGACGUCCGUGCGUGACUCCCUGGCGGAAGAGACACGGCAGAUGGCAGGUACCCCGGGCGGAGAACGAGAGUCAGCUCCGACUACCCCAAGGACUAAGGUUCAGCUCCGCGGUAGCGUGGACGCUCAGCCCAUCGUGAGCGCGGCAGACGUGGAUGGCGAGCUUGGCAGUCAGGCCACCAGCACCACCGAAACUGUUGAGGAGGGACCGGAGGGUCCGGAGGCCUUGAACGCGGACACUGAAGCUUUGCCAGGAGCCGGGUCCCGGCGAGUGACUGCGGGGGAUUUGGAGGACCGCUCGGGAAACCCGCAGGCUCAGCAGUUGCCUCCUUCCCCGGGAGGCAGCACCCCGCCCUCGCCUGGCCCCCAAGAGGCGGCCCUGGGGAGGAGGUCCCUAGACUCCAGGCUUUAUGAGGCCAACGAGGAGAACACCUACAUGCGCUCCAUGACCAGCUUGCUGGGCGGAGGUGGGGGGUCCAUCAGCUCCCUGGCAGACGUCCUGGUGUGGUCUGAGACCACCAUGGGCAUGGCCACGGCCCUCCUGGCCUCCGGCCACAGCUCCGUGACCGACCUGCUGCACAGCACUGGGCCCAGCCUGCGCUCCGUCUCCAGCAUCCUGGGGAGCACCUUCUCCUCUGGGCUGAUGGCCGGGACUAGCUCGGCCCUGCGCUCCGUCACCCGCGUGCUGGAGAGGGUGGAGCAGAGGACUGUAGAGGGUGUCCGCUCGGCCAUGCGCUUCCUGACCAGCCACCUUCUUCCCGGCCAGGCCCACGCCGGCCCAAACUCUGAGUAG